AUGGUGCAAUGACGUGACAGCGCGGCCCUGGUUGCCAAGGAGAUGCGAGUACAGGAAAUGCGGAAUUCGGGGAGAACGCGCAUGUCUGGUCCGGUUGGCGGGAGGGGCCGAGCGUCACAGGUCCUGACAGGGAAGAAGUUGGCAGGUCCUGGCAGGGGACGAGCUGCGGCGGCCGCACCUCCGGGUAUGGAAGGCUCCAGUGAGAUGGAGUCGCGAGUCGCGGACGCUGGGACCGGCGAGACUGCGCGAGCAGCGGGCGGGGGUCCGGUAGUUGGCUGCACCACUCGGGGGUCCGUAGUCUCGGUGCCCCUGGGAGCCGCCCGGUGGAAGCUCCUGCGGCAGGUUCUGAAGCAAAAACACCUGGAUGAUUGCCUGCGACAUGUAUCUGUAAGAAGAUUUGAAUCAUUUAAUCUGUUUUCAGUAACAGAAGCCAAAGAAAGGGAAACUGAAGAGGAGGUUGGUGCAUGGGUCCAAUAUACAAGCAUCUUCUGUCCUGAAUACAGUAUCUCCUUAAGGCAUAAUAGUGGAUCCUUGAAUGUUGAAGAUGUCCUUACCAGCUUUGACAAUACAGGAAAUGUUUGGCCAGAUGGAUUCACAGCCGAAUUCUACCAGAGGUACAAGGAGGAACUGGUACCAUUCCUUCUGAAACUAUUCCAAUCAAUAGAAAAAGAGGGAAUCCUCCCUAACUCAUUUUAUGAGGCCAGCAUCAUCCUGAUAUCAAAGCUGGGCAGAGACACAACAAAAAAAGAGAAUUUUAGACCAAUAUCCUUGAUGAACAUUGAUGCAAAAAUCCUCAAUAAAAUACUGGGAAACCGAAUCCAGCAGCACAUCAAAAAGCUUAUCCACCAUGAUCAAGUGCGCUUCAUCCCUGGGAUGCAAGGCUGGUUCAAUAGAUGCAAAUCAAUAAAUGUAAUCCAGCGUAUAAACAGAACCAAAGACAAAAACCACAUGAUUAUCUCAAUAGAUGCAGAAAAGGCCUUUGACAAAAUUCAACAACCCUUCAUGCUAAAAACUCUCAAUAAAUUAGGUAUUGAUGGGACGUAUCUCAAAAUAAUAAGAGCUAUCUAUGAGAAACCCACAGCCAAUAUCAUACUGAAUGGGCAAAAACUGGAAGCAUUCCCUUUGAAAACUGGCACAAGACAGGGAUGCCCUCUCUCACCACUCAUAUUCAACAUAGUGUUGGAAGUUCUGGCCAGGGCAAUUAGGCAAGAGAAGGAAAUAAGGGGUAUUCAAUUAGGAAAAGAGGAAGUCAAAUUGUCCCUGUUUGCAGAUGACAUGAUUGUAUAUCUAGAAAACCCCAUCAUCUCAGCCCAAAAUCUCCUUAAGCUGAUAAGCAACUUCAGCAAAGUCUCAGGAUACAAAAUCAAUGUACAAAAAUCACAAGCAUUCUUAUACACCAAUAACAGACAAACAGAGAGCCAAAUCAUGAGUGAACUCCCAUUCACAAUUGCUUCAAAGAGAAUAAAAUACCUAGGAAUCCAACUUACAAGGGAUGUGAAGGACCUCUUCAAGGAGAACUACAAACCACUGCUCAAGGAAAUAAAAGAGGAUACAAACAAAUGGAAGAACAUUCCAUGCUCAUGGGUAGGAAGAAUCAAUAUCGUGAAAAUGGCCAUACUACCCAAGGUAAUUUACAGAUUCCAUGCCAUCCCCAUCAAGCUACCAAUGACUUUCUUCACAGAAUUGGAAAAAACUACUUUAAAGUUCAUAUGGAACCAAAAAAGAGCCCACAUCGCCAAGUCAAUCCUAAGCCAAAAGAACAAAGCUGGAGGCAUCACACUACCUGACUUCAAACUAUACUACAAGGCUACAGUAACCAAAACAGCAUGGUACUGGUACCAAAACAGAGAUAUAGAUCAAUGGAACAGAACAGAGCCCUCAGAAAUAACACCACAUAUCUACAACUAUCUGAUCUUUGACAAACCUAAGAAAAACAAGAAAUGGGGGGAAAGGAUUCCCUAUUUAAUAAAUGGUGCUGGGAAAACUGGCUAGCCGUAUGUAGAAAGCUGAAACUGGAUCCCUUCCUUACACCUUAUACAAAAAUCAAUUCAAGAUGGAUUAAAGACUUAAAUGUUAGACCUAACACCAUAAAAACCCUAGAAGAAAACCUAGGCAUUACCAUUCAGGACAUAGGCAUGGGCAAGGACUUCAUGUCUAAAACACCAAAAGCAAUGGCAACAAAAGCCAAAAUUGACAAAUGGGAUCUAAUUAAACUAAAGAGCUCCAGAGCAGUUUUUACAACAAAUGAAUUCUAUUUUUCUUGGCACUAUCCACAGUCUCUGUUUACCCUUCUUUCUUUUCUAAUCCAUUUGCUUAUUAUAAUUAUUAUUACAACAGAAGCAUAACCAUUAACAACAAUAAUAGCUAGCACUUUAUGAGCUUUCAUUAUAUGCCGAAUACAAGUAUUAAUUCAUUUAAUUCACACAACAUCCCUGGGAGGUAAGUAUUAUUAUUUCUAUUUCACAAAUGAUGAAACCAAGGCUUAGAGAGGUUGGGUAACUUGCUUAGAGAGGUUGGGUAACUUGCCUAAGGUCACAUAGCUAGUAAGCCGUGUCUUCAAAGCCAUGCUCUUUUUUUUUUUUUGAGAUGGAAUCUCACUCUGUCACCUAGGCUGGAGUGCAAUGACACAAUCUCAGUUCACUGCAACAUCCGUCUCCUGGGUUCAAGCAAUUCUUCUGCCUCAGCCUCCCGAGUAGCUAGGAUUACAGAUGCCCGCCACCACACCUGGCUAAUUCUUGUAUUUUUAGUAGAGACGGGGUUUCAGCAUGUUGGCCAGGCUGGUCUCAAACUCCUGACCUCAAGUAAUCCGCCUGCCUGGGUCUUCCAAGGUGCUGGGAUUACAGGCACGAGCCACAGUGCCUGGCCCAAAGCCAUGCUCUUAAUAUCAUAUUCCCAUCUGCCUCCCCUGCGUAAGAGGACCUUACCCUCUCAGUACUGGUGGUAUUUGUGGUAAGAUAUGGAGAAAAUGAUAACUAAGUAUGUAUUUCACAAUAUGUAAAGGUUUUUUCUUUUUUAACAGACAUUACAUUAUUUGAUCUAACCAACUCCUGUGCCAUAACUAGUGUUAUUCCUAUUUUAUGGAAGAGAAAAAUAAGGCUGAGAGAUUAAAUUAAAACUUACAAGGUUUACUUUUAUUGAAUUAAUUUUUAAAUUAUUAUUAUAAAAAUAAUCCUACAAUCCCACAACUUAGAGGUAUCUACUUUUAUCUCUUCGGGAUGUAUUUCCCAUAGGUGUAUAUAAAAAUUUUUGUUUCUUUCUUAAAAAAGGAUUAUUCUACCUGUACUGUUUUAUAACCUGACUUUUUUUACUUCAAAAUGUACUAUGAAUAUUUUCAGUGUGAUUAAAUUUUCUUGUACAAUAUUAUUUUAAUAACAUUAUUGUUUUGCAUUAUGUAGAUAUUACCAUUUGUGCUCCUGACACUGUCUUGUGGGGAAAAACAGUAAAGAUGAUAAUGUCAAGGGAGAGUAUAGAGUCAUUAGUUUCUUUUUUUAUUAUUAUUAUACUUUAAGUUCUAGGGUACAUGUGCACAGCGUGCAGGUUUGUUACAUAUGUAUACAUGUGCCAUGUUGGUGUGCUGCACCCAUUAACUCAUCAUUUACGUUAGGUAUGUCUCCAAAUGCUAUCCCUCCCCCCUCCCCCCACCCCAUGACAGGCCCCAGUGUGUGAUGUUCCCCACCCUGUGUCCAAGUGUUCUCAUUGUUCAGUUCCCACCUAUGAGUGAGAACAUGCGGUGUUUGGUUUUCUGUCCUUGGCGAUAGUUUGCUGAGAAUGAUGGUUUCCAGCUUCAUCCAUGUCCCUACAAAGGACACGAACUCAUCCUUUUUUAUGGCUGAAUAGUAUUCCGUGGUGUAUAUGUGCCACAUUUUCUUAAUCCAGUCUAUCAUUAAUGGACAUUUGAGUUGGUUCCAAGUCUUUGCUAUUGUGAAUAGUGCCACAAUAAACAUACGUGUGCAUGUCUUUAUAGCCACAUGAUUUAUAAUCCUUUGGGUAUCUACCCAGUAAUGGGAUGGCUGGGUCAAAUGGUAUUUCUAGUUCUAGAUCCUUGAGGAAUUGCCACACUGUCUUCCACAAUGGUUGAACUAGUUUACAGUCCCACCAAUAGUGUAAAAGUGUUCCUAUUUAGAGUCAUUAGUUUCAUAUUAUUUAUACAGUUGGGGUUCAAAGCAUACUAGUUGAUAAGAACUUUUUUUUCUUUUUGAGAUGGAGUCUCACUCUGUGCCCAGGCUGGAGUACAGUGGCUCAAUUUUGGCUCACUGCAACCUCCGCCUCCUGGGUUCAAGUGAUUCUCCUGCCUCAGCCUCCCAAGUAGCUGGAGUACAGGAGCGCGCCACUGUGCCUGGCUAAUUUUUGUGUUUUUAGUAGAAACGGAGUUUCACCACCUUGGCCAGGUUAGUCUCAAACUCCUGACCUCAACUGAUCCACCUGCCUCGGCCUCCCAAAGUGCUGGGAUUACAGGCAUGAGCCACCACACCUGGCCUAGAACUUUUCUCGGAGUGAAUAAAGGCCUGCAUUGCUAUUAUUUACCAAGCCGAUAACAUGUUUUGUUUGUUUGUUUGUUUGUUUUUAGGCAGAGUUUCGCUCUUGUCACCCAGGAAGCUGGAGUGCAGUGCAGCACGAUCUCAGCUCAGUCUCCCAGGUUCAAGCGAUUCUCUCCUGCCUCAGCCUCCUGAGUAGCUGAGAUUACAGGCAUGUGCAACCAUGCGCAGCUAAUUUUGUAUUUUUAAUAGAGACGGGGUUUUACCAUGUUGGCCAGGCUGGUCUUGAACUUCUGACCUCAGGUGAUCCACCUGCUUUGGCCUCCCAAAGAACUGGAAUUACAGGCGUGAGCCACUGCAUCCGGCCCCAGGUGAUAACACUUUAAAUCUUGGUUGGACUUGGUAGUAUCAUUACAUAUAUGCAGGUGUCCACUCUUGUCUGUAAGUGAAUUUCAUGAACUAAGCCACCCUGUUAGGGUUGUGCAAGGUGAAAUCAUAGUCCAAAGAGAUUUCCAGGGCUAUCCACUGUUUCCUCACUUGGUCUGCCUGGCGUUGCUGUCAUGUGUAUUCGUGUCUUAAUUUUUUUCUGCUGGGUUGAGGGUUCUUCGGAGAAGGCAUCUUUCUCAUCUUUGUUUCUCACAUUUCCUAGCAUAGUGCUGGCCAAGGGGACCCCCCAAGUGAUUUAAUUUUAUAUUCACUUAACUAUGGCAAGGGUGGCUUGAUGGCAACACCUUCAAACAUUUUUAUCCAUAUACAUUUGAUCUAUAAAUUGGAUCAAGAAUGCUCAGAAAAAGAAAUAAACAUUAAAAAAAUAAUAAAGUAGGCAAUGUGGUGUCCUGGAAAGAACACUGAAUUAUAGCAAGAAGACGUAGCUGUAAAGCUUUGGCACUAACUUCUGGAGAGAACUUG